AUUGUCAUGCUGGUAGAAGUACUUAUGGCUGCAAGCGUGUUGUUAGCAAUGGCAUCUAUAAUCUACACCAUUACUUCCAAAGCCUAAACAACACCAUAAUAAAAAGCGAGAAAUAACGGGUCUUAUUUUUAUGACUUUAUCUGCCUUGGGCUUUUCCACCAUGUCAUUAUUUGUCAAAUUGAGUGGCACUAAUUUUCCCUCAUUUGAAAUUGUUUUUGCUCGUUCAAUUGUCCAAACCAUCUUGGGUCUCAUGGGUUGUGUUAUUUAUAAAGUAAAUCCAUUAGGUAAACGUGGUGUACGUCGCUGGCUUCUCUUAAGAGGCUUAGCUGGUACACUUGGUCUUUGUCUUUUCUUUUACAGUAUCACGCAACUCCCUUUAGCUGAUGCUACAGUUGUCUUCUUUUUGGGUCCUGCCUUUACUGCUAUUCUUGCUGCUAUUGUCUUACGAGAACCUUUUACGUUAUUUGACUGUUUUUGCUCAGUUGCAUGUUUGGUAGGCGUCAUCUUAGUCUCUAAACCACAGUUUCUAUUUGAUAGCAGUAGCGGUCAUGAACUCCCUCAAGGAUCCGAUACAGUGAGUGAAUUGAAACGUCUAUUUGCCAUCAUGUGCGCUUUAUUAGGUGCUAUCAUGUCUGCUGUAGCCUAUGUCACUGUGCGCAAAAUUGGACGUGGAGCUCAUUAUAUGGUCCACGUUGUCUACUUUGGUUUUGUUUCUAUUAUCGUCAGUCCUCUUGGUAUGUUUCUCAUGCAGGAGCCAGUAUUACCCCGUACUGGAUAUGACUAUAGUGUACUCACCUUAGUCGGCUUAACUGCCUUUGUGGGUCAAUGCUUCCUGAACCAAGGCCUUCAGAUGGCACCCGCAGGACCUGGUACUUUAAUGCGUAUGAACGAUGUUGUCUUUGCCUUCUUGUUUGGUAUUUUAAUACUACAUGAAUACCCUGAUAUUUAUAGUAUAUCAGGAGCAACCAUUAUCGUAGCCAUGACUUCAGCCAUGGGCAUUCAUAAAAUUUAUUCUCACACUAGAAAAUGAGUGAACAAUUAUACUCUAUUUACUACAAACUGAUUCAUUUGCAUAAUAUUACUCAUUACAGAAUGUGAAGCAUUAUUUAAAAAAAAAAGAAAAAAAAACUAUUUUAUUAGAAUAAUCAAAAUAAAUGUAUUUUAGAAGAAUGG